AUGGCUGUAGCGCGCCCAAUACGAGUCCUAGGCCUGGUGGCCAUAGGACUAUGGAUCUUUUUCUUAUACCAAGUUUUUGGCCCUGAAAGGGUAGCACGAGGGCCUGGAGAUACCCUUGAGAAUCCAGAGAGAGAUCCCAAUUUAGAUCCUACUGGAGAACCAGAGGGUGUGUUAUGGAGAGCUGAUCAGGGCUAUGGACUAGGCGCCCAGGGAACGAGUCGAAUAAAUGCUACUCUUCUAUCUUUAGUUCGCAACGAAGAGGUUGAUGGCAUGAUUCAAGCUAUGCAAGAUUUGGAAAGAACAUGGAACCAUAAGUUCAAUUACCCAUGGACAUUCUUCAAUGAUGUGCCAUUUACAGAGGAGUUCAAACGUCGAACUUCUGCAGAAACGAGCGCAGAGUGCAAAUAUGAAUUAAUCCCAAAAGAACAUUGGGAUAUCCCCUCGUGGAUCGAUAAAGAGCUCUUCGAGGAAUCGGCAAAAAUACUCAAGGAGAAUGACAUUCAGUAUGCUAGCAUGGCAUCAUACCACCAGAUGUGUCGAUGGAAUAGUGGCUUAUUUUACAAACAUCCAGCUAUGUUAAAUAUGCAGUUCUACUGGCGUGUCGAGCCAAAGGUCCAUUUCUUCUGCGAUGUAGACUAUGAUGUCUUCAGAUAUAUGCAAGAUCAAAACAAAACUUACGGGUUUACUAUCAAUCUUUACGAUGCCCCUCAAUCGAUUCCAACCCUAUGGCCCGAAACGACGAAGUUCUUAGCCGCACAUCCAGAGUACAUCAACGAGAAUAAUGCGAUGAAUUGGAUCACAGACAGUGCACGCAGACCAGAUCAUAACGAGAAAGCGGGCGGUUACUCUACAUGUCAUUUCUGGAGUAAUUUCGAAAUCGGCAACAUGGAUUUCUGGCGCAGUCAAGCAUAUGAGGAUUAUUUCAACCACUUGGACCGUGCUGGAGGUUUCUUCUACGAGCGAUGGGGAGACGCACCCGUUCAUAGUUCCGUGACAUCGGUUACCAGCAUAUCCCCUACUUCAACUGCCCUAAUUCGCCCAAAUGCAAAGGGUGCCAGGCGGGACGAUUCACAGACGGAGAAGCUUGGUUACACAAGGAGGAUUGCAGACCAAAUUGGUUCAAAUACGUCGGUUCAAAGGAUCUGGAGAUUGGAGAAAGUUCUAGACUGCAACUACUUGCUUAUUGCUUAUAAAUCCGCAGCAAUUCUCCAAUUCCUAAAUAUCGACGACAAGAUGUCGAACUUUGAGAACACAAUCGAAGAAGCUUGUCGAAAUAGAGAUAUUCCAGGUACAGUUCUAGUGUGUGGAAAUAACUCUGGAAAAUUCCAUUAUGCCAAAGCCUUCGGAUCUCAGUCCCUUGAGGAUCCCUCAAAUCCAAUGAAUUUGAAAAGUGUCAUGUGGUUUGCUUCCUGCACAAAACUCCUAACAACAAUUGCAGCAAUGCAAUGUGUUGAGCGAGGUCUUUUAAGUCUUGACGGCGAUAUUUGCGAAGUGUUGCCGGAGUUUAAAGGUGUACAAAUCCUGACUGGCUUUGACGAGGAGAAUGGGAAGCCAAUCCUCAUAGACAACCACAAAACUAUAACCCUUCGGCAUCUUCUUACACAUUCAUCCGGACUUGCAUAUGAUAUGUUCGAUCCAUUAUUAUCCCGGUACCAAGCAUAUUUGAAUAAGAGCUCACCCGUGCCCAUGGGUGGGCCAGAUUUGAUCAAGGAUCUUUUCAAAUUCCCCCUCCUUUUUGCGCCUGGCGACUCGUGGAGCUAUGGCGUCGGGAUUGAUUGGGUUGGUCAGAUGGUAGAGAGGGUCAAUGGCAAUAUCUCCUUAGAGGAUUACCUUGCAAAGAAUGUUUGGGGACCUCUUGGCAUGAAUAACAUCACCUUUCGUCCGCUCCAAAACCCAGAAAUCCUGGCGAGACUAAUCUCUAUGAGUACACGAGAAGGGGGCAACCUUGAGGGCAAGGCCAUAUACACCAGUAAGGUCUUGUUUGAUCCAGCUACCAAAGACUGUCAUGGAGGUGUCGGAACAUUUGGAAGUCCCGUCGAUUAUUUCAAGUGUUUACAGAGUCUCUGUGCGAAUGAUGGCCAAUUACUAAAAUCGGAAACCAUCGACGAGAUGUUCAGACCACAGCUAAGUGAAGACUCUAGAAAGGGACUGAUGGAAACGAUAUCCAUUCCAGAAGUAAAUGCAUGUUUUGGGGCAUUUCCUAAGGGACUAAAAGCCGAUUGGGGCCUUGGAGGUAUCAUGAAUUUGGAGGACAUCGGUGGUAGAAGCAAAGGCUCGAUCGCGUGGGGAGGAUAUCCGAACCUUAACUGGUGGAUCGAUCGUAAAAACGGGAUCUGCGGCAUAUGGGGCUCGCAGCUUGAACCACCUGGAGAUCCAAAAAUAAACCAAUUGUUCCAUACUUUUGAGGAGGAAAUGUAUAGGAGGACGAGUGCCUCUCGAGAGAAGUUAUGA